AACGCUGGUCUCAUUCUCGACGCCCGCCGGUGACGCCACCGCGUUUCACCACGUGUCGCCGGUUGCCCUGGCGACGAGGACGCCGCAUCCGCAGGAGCGAGAGGCCUCAGGUGGAGAGAGGUGUCAGCCUCAGACCCAUGAGUGAGGAUGAUUGUGAAUGUUGAUCAGACCAAUAUGCUAAUGGAUGCUCCCCAUAGGCAGGUCUUGUCUUCUGGAAGCACAAUCACAGACUCUCAAAAGGUUGCGUGCCUGCAGGUGCAGGGAGAUGAAGCGUUGACGAAGGCAAAUUACCAGGAAGCAGUGCAUAGCUACACCCAGGGUCUCAUGUUGGAUCCAAAGAACUGUGAGCUAUUAUCCUGCCGGGCGGUGGCAUUCAUCCAGAUGAAACAGUAUGAGGAUGCAAGAUUUGAUGGAGAAAUCUUGAUACAAAUCCAGCCUGACGUUCCACAGAAUUAUUACUUGUUAUCUCUGGCUAAUGGGUGCCUUGGUAAUUUCCAUGAGGCUUUCUGGCCCAUGCUUCAUUGUCUGGAACGUGAUCCAGUGCAUCAGAAUGAUCUUGUGAAAGAACUUUACAAGAUCACCAAGAAACUAUGUAACAAUGAAUCAGACGAGAAUUACUGUGAUGACAAAGGAUUGGAUGAGGUGCUUCUCAAGAUUGGGACACUGCUGUUUGAUGCAUCAUUGUAUGAUCUCUGCAUUCAGCUGGUCAGCUCAGCCAUCCAGCUUUAUAAUUCAACAAUGAGCGAUUCCAUCAGAAUGCAGUUCUACCUGGUCCGCGCUAAUUCUUAUUCAGCACUCAAUGGAAACAACAUGACCAAAACAGCCUAUGAAAACUGUCUGAAAUUAGCAAUGAAGCUGAACAGCACUGAAGUAAAAGUCAAGUGCUGUGAAGGUCUGGCAGAACUACAUAGGAAAAUUGGAUGUCCUGAAGAAGCUAUCCAGUACCUACUUGAACUACUAGCAAUUUGGGAGCAAAGUGCACAGCAACCAGAUAACUAUCAAUCCAGAGAAUUCUGGAAUUCAGAGAGCAAAAAGGCUGCCUACUUGAACCUGACUGAAGCCUAUUGUAUUAUUCAUCAAUACCAGAAAGCACUGAUAUUUGCGAAGAAGUACCUGGAGCACUUAAUAGGGGGACCACCUAGUGACUGCAGACAGGCUAUUACAUAUGCUUAUCAUCAGGUUGCCAAACUACAAGAGAAGUUGGGGCUUUACAAUGAGUCGGUGAACAAUUACCAGCGGUAUUGCGAGUUAAGCAAGGUACUGGGCAACAGCAUAGCUGCAGCUGAGGCCCAUGGAGCAAUGGGUUCAAUUCAUGCAGCACUUGGAAAUUAUGACCUGGCCAUGAGUAAUGCUCUCCAGGGCUUCAACUUGUCCAGAGCUGUCGGAGACCGACAACUUCAAUUAGCAGCACUGAUUAGACUUGGCGACAUAAGCAGGAUGAUGGAGAGCUUUAAGGAGGCAACAAGUUGGUACGAACAAGCAUGGGAUCACAACAGGAUGGGAGAUGAGCCCAAACUGAAGUGUCAGACUGCACUAGGUUUAGCGGAGGUUUACAAAGGGACAGGUCUUUGUCAGCAUGCCUUGUACUUCUAUGAGCAGGCACUGGAGGCUGCAGAGGAGAUCGAUGAAGAUGAGCAGAUCUGCAAAUGUAAAUUCAUAAUUGCAUGCCGCUACCAGUUUUCUUACUCAGAAAGGGAACUGAGGAAAGGAUAUGAAGCCUUUAAGGAUGUGAUAACACAUUACCAUCGGCUUAGUAGGAAAUACACAGUGGAAGGAAAUGUGCUACCUGAAGAAAUCACUGAUGUUCUUCUAGAGAGUUAUGAUGGGAUCCAGGCAAUCCUUGAAAAAAUGGGUGACCAUUUAAAGGCACUACAGUAUGCAGAGGCCGGGAGGAGACACAGAUUUCUAAUGUAUACAUUCAUGAAAGAGGAACACUCAGCAGGGAAUAGUGUGAUGGAUCAGUCAUUGUUAUCAGCCAUCCCAAGCUUAGAGGAACUUUACAGCAUCAUGGAUGCCACCUCUGGAUCUGUGUUGUAUUACUCAUUGGUGGAAACAGGCCUGUUUGUCUGGAUGCUGAAGGCAAAGGAGGGUCUAGUUUAUUUUCAUGCUACCAACAGCGCUGUAUCAGAAGCUGUCUAUGAGCAGAUCUGCCAGUUCCUACACCUACUGAAGAACAAGUCACUGCUUUAUGAGACUGAAGCCAGGAAUAUCCCAAAAAGGCUGAAGCAAAACAUCAUUGGCAAACAAAGCAAGAGGCUGUGGAUUCCCCAUUCAUCAUGUAAGAAUCCCAGGGCAACCUGCAGGCUGCCAGAGGAUGAGGAAGAGAUGGAACUCUGGAAGCAGAUGUACCUGCUCCUGUUUGGACCUGUGAAUGAUUUGCUAGAUGAUUUGCAACCAGGCAGCACCAUUUUGAUUAUACCAGACAAGAAUCUCAUCCAGAUUCCCUUUGCAAACCUGCCGGAUUUGAAGAAUAAGACACUGGGAGAGAAGUUUUGGAUUACCCUUGCACCAUCACUGUUUGCUGUUGAAGUUAUAGCUAAUUUAGUUGAAGAUUCUAAGAAUAAAACAAAAAGUAAAUUAACUUCAAAUGUAAGAUCAGGGUCUGUUUCUACAAUGACUAUGCUGGAACAUAUGGGUGGUUCUCAGCAGGAACUUAGUGGUUUGCAGAAGGUGGGACUCAUGGACACUGUGAGUCACCUGGUUCACUGCACGUCCACCAACACAAUUGUUGCCAGCUCACCGUACAUCAUUCUUCCAUUCAAGCAGGUGUGUGGGAGAUCUCAAGCUCUGGUUUUGGGAAGUCCACAUUUCCCUUCAGCUUUGUCCUUGUGGGGAAGCACUUGGAAGCCCUUGGGCCCAUUAGUUGGAGCUCAGAAGGAAGUUAUCAAAGUGGCCGAGUACCUGCAAGCAGAGGCUGUCAUGGGUGAACAAGCAACUAAGAAACGUGUUCUCAGUGAACUUCCACAGCUGACUGUGGUGCACAUUGCAACUUAUGGUAGCUGGGAAGAAGGUGUUUUGCUCUUUACUCCUCAUCCAUACCCAGCUGCCGGAGAACUUGUGGAGGAGCGUUCCUACUUACUGACCAUUCCUGAGAUCCUUGAGUUGAACCUGAAGGCCAAGGUUGUAGUCCUGUCUAGCUGUGGAGAUGGAGGUACUUCCCAGGAUCCUGUGCCACCUCUGAUACUGCCCACUGCCUUCCUUAGAGCAGGAGCCUCGACAGUGCUGAUGCAGAUUAAAUCAGUUCCUCUGCAGGCUUCUCUCACCUUCUAUCACCACUUCUACAUGGCCCUUUGGUAUGGCUCUUUUGUCAGUUAUGCAGUGGAAUACGCAAAGCACCAGAUGCAGAGUGAUGACAGAUUCAGGAAGUACUGGAGUAGCUUUGUGCUGCUUGGAUUGGAUGCAUUUGUCAGUUUGCAAGACAUUAAACAUGACAUGUUGCACCAGAACAUGGAGAGUGCAGAGCAGGAAGUGGCUCAAACACAUAAAAAGGACUGGCUGAAUCCCACACCUUAUGUGCCUCCAGUUCCUGAUCAGGAGGAGCUCUCUAUAAAGAUGCAAAAAAGUGUAGAAGAACUCCUCGUGAAUCAAGGCGCUGUCACAGCAUUAUUAAAGCUGCUGCAUCUCCUGAUCGGUGAAGCAGCCAAGAGGCUCUCUGACACUAACACAGAUCGUUGCACAGUGAAGUUGACGACAAAUAUAAUCAGCAUUCCAGGAAUAUAUUCCAUGCUUCAGUUACUGGGAUUUCACUUCCAGCCAUUCCCAUCAUUCCCACCCAAAGUGGACAAGCUGACCGGGAGAAAGGCAGCGAAUGCUGAUGUUGUGAAGGACUGUGCACCAACCUUUGCCCCUGCCAGUCCAGUGGCCAUUCUUUUCCCACAAUGGAAUCCAGAGAGGCUGAUUCAAAAUGCACAACAAGUCAUUGCCGCUGUUAUUGAUCUCAGUGCCAGUAAUCAGUGUAUCAAUGCGUUAAUUUGGAUCCUUCCCCUGACCUGUGACGUAUUAGAGCAGCUCAUCACUUUGCUGGAAAUCUCUCAGUCGUCCACCAUGAUGUGUCCUAAACUAACUGAGAAGGGAGUUGCUGCACUUUGGAACCAGCCGCACCUCAGAGACUUUUUGCAGGUCAUCGGAUAUGAACAGGCUGGACUGUUCUUGGUCCACAACCCCAGGACCCCAAACAAGUCGUUACUACUGGGGAGUCUGAAACUUUUCCUAGCCCUUCACCCACAGUCUCCACGUAGACACUGUAAGGUGGGCUCUUCAACUGCUGUGAGAGUGCAAGAGUUUACACAAGUUUCACAGGAAACUCCAGCACUGAGAGAAGAUCAGUCCACACAGAGUUCCCAGGAAACUUCCCCACUGAAGAAGGAUCAAACCACACAAGGCCUUCGGGAAACUUCAGCACUGAGAGCAGACUCGUCCACACAGAGUCCUCAGGAAACUUUGGUGCUGAGAGAGGAUCAGUCCACACAGAGCUCCCAGGAGAGUUUGGCACAAAGUGAGGACCUGUACCCGCAGGGUCCUCAGGGUACCUGGGCAUUGACAUAUGAACAAAUGAAGCAGGGUUCUCAGGAAAGUUUAUCAGCAGAUGAAAAGUCUAGUCCAAGAUCUGAGAAAAGCCCAGCACUAAGGGAGGAGCAAUCCCUCUUGAGAGGCAAGAAAGGUGGAAUGGAUUCCCAGGAAACCCCUUUUGAGAGGACCAGGAAAGUCAGACAGGGUCCUCAAGAAGCCACUGGAGACACUGUAAGAGACAAGAAAACCGAACAAGGUCCUCAGGAACCCACUGCGAGAAAAAACAUGAGAAACAGACACCGUCCGUCAGAAACUUCACUGACCAGUGAUAAACUGUCUGAACAGGAAGCUCAGCAAUUGACAGGAAACACUGAGAGAAAGGCAUCUGGAAGCUCAAAGGUCUGCCUAAACUCUCUGAAACCACUGCUAGUACUGAGGCACCAGAUCAUGAUGCAGGCUCCGUGGUUUACUGUCAGACCCACUUCAGAGGAAGUGCAAGUUAAGCGUUGUCUGGCACUCAGGUUAACUUCUCUACAUUCACAACAGCGAGCUCACAUACGUAACAUGGAGCUGUGGCACAAGAAGACCCUGCAGGACUUGGAGUGUAAACCAGAAAGGAGAGAAAACAAGACUCAGGCCUGCGGGAUAAAGAAGGUGAAAGUGAAAGGGCCCAGCACCCCCAGCUCCAACCGCACCCCCUUAGACGCACCCGCACCAGUUUCGCAGACUGUCGCACACAACCUCGCUCUGCGUUCAGUAACGCACGAGGUUGUGAAGGAACGAGAGGCAAGCGCACGGCGUCGCCACCGAGCUGAACUCCGCGACCUUUUCCUGCCUUUUGUGGACGCAGUGCCUGACAGCGUGUGACCGUGUGCCUGCAUACCACCCAGUGCUGCCUGCACCUUACAUCAUCUGUAAGCGAGGAACCCAUGCAAAUAAAACUCCCUCGUUUAAUAAAUACAGAUGAAAGCCGAGCAUCUCACUGACACGGACUAUUCAAAUAAACUUGGCAGCCCAU